GUGUAGAAUUAUAUAUGAUAAUUAAAGAGCUUAAUCAGAUUGAGAAGCAUUUUAAUCAUUGUUGUACGGACACACAUUUGAGGAUAUUUGGGAUUAUUAUAUCAUUAACUAGAUAGGUGUCAACUUGUGUGUAAGAUCAUCACCAAAGGGUCAGAUUCAGAGAUCAGAAUCAAGCAACAAAUCAUAACUCUUCAAGGGGGCUUUUUUUUUUUCUCUUAUCCAAACCAAAAUAUGAAAUAUCUUAAGGAACUUUCCAUCUCCCUUUUGUUUUCUCUUAUUUUUCUAUUAUUUCAUUUUAUUUUAUUUUUUUGGUUUUCCAGCCUCACCCCUUUUGAGUAUGGAUAUUGGAUAGACUACGUAAUCUGCAACUGUCAACUACCACUAUAAAUAAGGAUGAUAAGAGCUUCAACUCCUCAGAAGUAAGCCUCACAUCAUACACAACAAAAUAUCACAGCAACAAUUUUUCUUCGUUUACUUAUCUCCUCCAACUUCAGAUAAAAGCCUUCUUUUAGUAAAAGUUUCAAACUUUGUAGUAACACAUAUACAGCAUUAGUAGUUGUGUAAUUUCUUCCUGCAUUACACUCGCUUGAGCCCGUGUUUUUUCUAUUUGUAUACACGAAAAUCAAUCUGCCUUUUUAUUUUUUUUUCGCUAGCCGGUAAUUUAACUUGUUGAAGCUAAAUGGAUAAGGUAAGAGACUUGGCAUCAAAGAAAGCAGCCGUGAUCUUCACCAAGAGUUCAUGUUGCAUGUGUCACAGCAUCAAGGCGCUGUUUUACGAGCUAGGCGCGAGUCCAGCUGUUCAUGAGUUAGACCAUGAUGUUAAUGGAAGAGAAAUGGAGAGGGCAUUGAGAAGCUUGGGAUGCAAUCCAAGUGUUCCUGCAGUUUUCAUUGGUGGUCAAUUUGUAGGAUCAGCUAAAGAUAUUAUCUCCCUUCACGUUGAUGGAUCCCUAAAACAAAUGCUGAUCGAUGCCAGAGCUAUUUGGUUCUAGCAAAACGUUUGUGUUGUGUCUUUUUUUUUUUCUUUUUUUUUUUUUUGGGGUCUUUAUGUGUGUCUGUGUUUUUAUGUCAACUUUGAAAAGAAGUGAUAGUACCAUGUAUGGCUAAAAAAAGCUGUUAGUAUUUUAGGUACUAUGUUUUUAGUGUUUUUUGUUGUGUCCAGUCAUGCCAAACUUUUAAAGAAUUGGCUCACUGGGAAAAACAAAGGGAAGAAAAGGUCUGCUAUUGUCUUUCCUUUUUGAACUAAAUGUAAGUUGUAUAUCCAAGUUUCUCUGCUGUUCUCCAUAAAUGAAUUCCUCCAU